AUGCCCCUCCACGGCCUCCACCACCGCUCAAAUUCUAACACCAACUCUCCUGAGGCUCCCGCUUCCUCUUCCCUAAUACAAGCCGCCCAAGCCCUUGCUGGGAUCGGCGCCCCCAAGUCCGCCGGCAAUUUCCAACAGCCCCAGCAGCAGCAACAUAGCCAACAACAACAGCAGCAGCAAUCCUCUCGUGGAGGAGACACCUCACUCCGUGUACAGACUUCUUCAAGCAAUCUCAACGUUAAUACCUCCUCGAGCGGUGGUAUUACACCUAUCCACUCGGGUAGCACAGUCUCCGCCGGUGGUUUCUCUGCCCCGUCAUCAGCUGGUGGUGUCGGCUUCGGUAACAGUGCUCCUCUUCCGCAGAGCAGCAUAGACAAGCUUCCUGCGCCAUUGCAAAUCCAGCAGCAGCCGACAAAGAAGAACUUGUCAUUUAAUUUUCCAUCCCCCACGAAGUUGCCGAACCAGGGAGAUCUUUACUCUCCUAUAGGCGAAUACUCAGGUCAUAGGCCGUCAGAUCCUAUACAGGCCCAACAACUCUCAUCGGGCGGACAGCAACCUCAGUAUCAGGCAUAUCACGCUGCUCAGCCGUCUUCAGCUACAGGUGGCAGACCGCAAAUCCAAAGCAUCACUACAGCACCGGGAGCAAUCCCGCAGAUAGCCACAAGCAGCGGGGGCGGCAUCCCAGCACAACAGGGACAGCCGUCUAUGCAUAGGACCAAUACAACGGGCGGACUAUCGCAUUCAUCAUCAAACAAAUACUCCCCGAAUAUCAACACAAACUUACCACGAGAAGCGGAUUCCAGUCCUUCUGCACCUGGAUCGAGAAAGUAUACACAUCCGGGAGCAUUGACACCUACAUACACAAAUUCAUCCCAGCACAGUCAUUCAGGUUCCACAAGUACCGGAAUGGGAUUGCCCGGAAUGACUACAGGUAGCAGUGCCAGUACCAGGGAGAGAGAAGAUGUGGUCGGCGGUAUUGGGGCGGUUGGCAAUGGACGAUGGAUGAGCCCGUACGCACUGUAUGCGUUGGAUUGGUGUAAAUGGCCUAUCCAAAUCCUUGAUACCAGGCCCACUCCUGUAACUGUCAGCCACGGCGAUACACCUCCUCCUGCCCCUUCUCUAGAAUUCUCUAAACUCGCUGAAGCGUCCCAUACAUACCCAAUCACCCGAAUCCUUUGGGAACCUGCCAGCACCACUAAACCUCUCACUGACUUGAUUGCUACCUCCGGUGACCAUCUCCGUCUUUGGUCCAUGCCAAAUGCCCCAUCAGGCACAUCUUCCUCCUCGGCCACGCCUGCAGGUAACUCCAUUACUCGUACCAACUCGCUCCGCGACCCACCCACACAGAAACUUACGCCUCUCGCGUUAUUGUCGAACAGUAAAAGCACUGACUUUACUGCCCCUCUGACAAGUUUGGAUUGGAAUCCGAUCAGUCCUAGCUUGAUAAUCACCAGUUCUAUUGAUACCACUUGCACUAUCUGGGAUAUCCCGACACUAACGGCGAAGACUCAACUCAUUGCCCACGAUAAAGAGGUUUACGAUGUACGGUUUAUGAGUGGGUCCUUAGACGUGUUUGCCAGUUGCGGGGCCGACGGGAGUGUCCGCAUGUUCGACCUUCGAAGUCUAGAACAUAGUACUAUCAUCUAUGAGCCCGGUGUCGGUAAAGGUGCCAGCGGCGAUUCCUCAAAAGAAGAUGGUGGAUCGCCUGUUGGCGGCGGCGGAUCUCCACCGCCAUUGCUAAGACUAGCGGCUUCACCACAUGACACUCACCUAAUUGCAACAUUUUCGCAAGACUCCAACAUAGUCCGCAUUCUCGACGUCCGCCAACCAGGUCAAGCCCUGAUAGAGCUAAAGGGCCAUCAUAACAGCGUCAACUGUGUUGAAUGGAAUCCCACACGUCGCGGUAUCAUUGCUGCUGGAGCAGAUGAUUCUCAAGUUCUUAUUUGGGACUUGAUCAAUAAUCCAACUGGGCCAGCUAAUACUACUCCCGGUGGUACUAGUGGUGCUGGUGGAUUGGGACAGCCGAAUCAAGAGAGGAUACCAGUCGCGAGUUGGAGGUGCGAUUACGAGGUCAACAACAUCUCUUGGAGCCCAAGCGGAGCGAGUGGUGGUGGGGAAUGGUUGGGUGUGCUCGGUGGGAGGGGGAUUUGGGGAGUUAAGGUAUAA